CGUCGCGACGCUCCGCGGCGCGUGUGUGCGUACGUUCGUUUCGGACAUCUCCCCUGUUCGCGUAAGGUGGAAAAGUCGCAAAAUAGGAGUACUCAGGGUGAAGGCUUUUACUCUGCGACGAGGGAAAAGACACCGUUGUGCAUCAGAUAAUCGUCGGAAUUUCCGUCGUGAUCGUCCGUCGCGUUGUGAAGAGUGUCUCGGAGUGUCUCACCAACACCCUAUCGGAUCGCCUGGUGCUUUAAGUAAACGCGGAUUAAUUAGUGAUUCGGCGGAUCAUUGUAGAGUGUCCUCGCGUGUGUCCGCGCGUGGUGAUCGACGUGAGGCUCGCUGGAGCAUGCGACAGUAAGGACCUUCUUAUCGGCUCCAGCGACGUGCAUGUUUAUCGCCGGUGACGACGAUGACUGGACUACUGCGCCACGCUUGCCGGCUCUUCGUCAUCCUGGAAUGCCUGUCGGUUGUUCUGCUGCUCGCCCAGAACCCCGUGGAGGAGAAGACCACCUUCGAGGCCGCUUUCCAAGGAAGAUGCGGGCACGGAUCGCCAUGCGAGCAGCUCUGCUACGAGCUCCACGACGGCAUGUACGAGUGCGACUGCAGAGACGGCUACAUACUUCAUAAAAAUGGAUACAGCUGCGCCGAACUCAACUCGACGUCGCCGUCGACGAGCGAGCUCGGCGAGCUCGAGAGCGACGAGGCGAACGCGGACAAUGACGAGGACGCGGUCGAAGACAUCCUUUAUAUGCGCGGUGCCACCUUCACGAUACAUCUGGACGCUCCGGCUGAGAAUUCCACCGCGAAUGCGACGAGGAUAAACGAGGAGAGCGGCGCGGAUCGGAUCGAGCUGCGCACCACAUCACAGGGUCCAAAUCUGGAGCAAAAACUGCCAUCAACGAUGGAGAGCAUAGUGAGCACCGAGCCGGCGUGUUCUUUGGACUGCGGACCGGCUGGAAACUGUUAUAUCGAGCAAUCGCGCGGGGAUGAAGUCGAUGGCGAGAUGGAAGACGACGGCGCGGCGGAUCUCGACGGCAACACCGUGAAUCUCAGAAGAAAGCAGGGAACGUUCAGGCAGAGAUGUCAGUGUCCUCUCGGGAGAGGCGGAGAUCGCUGCCAGCUGGAGGCCGAAGUAAGAUCGCCACGUUUCACUGGGUCAGGCUGGCUGGCUUUUCCCGCCUUAAGGGCCGCUUACAAACACGUUCAAUUAGAACUGGAAUUUCGACCCGAAGCGUGGGACGGGGUGAUUCUGCUGGCCGGAGAACGGGAUGAUCUUCAGGGAGAUUUUAUGGCCCUGAUACUGCAUCACGGCUUUAUCGAAUUCAGGUUCGAUUGCGGGAGCGGCGUGGGCACGGUGAGGAGCACGGAGACGGUGAAGCUGAAUGAGUGGAACACUUUGAGUGUCUACAGACAUCGAUGGGACGCCUGGAUCCAGCUGAAUCAGGAGAAACGGGUGGAGGGACGAUCGAAGGGCUUGUUCUCGAGAAUUACGUUCCGCGAGCCGCUCUUCGUUGGCGGUCCCGGAAACACGACCGGUUUGGAGCGACUUCCGGUGAGGACCGGAUUUAAGGGCUGCAUCCGGCAUUUGGAGGCGAACGAGCACCACUAUCGCUUCCCGUUGGCUCCGCAAGGCGAUGCCGCGAAUGGAUUCGACGUCGAGGAGUGCACGGCCGACAGGUGCAGCAAGGUGCCGUGUUCCCACGGUGGAAAAUGUCUGACUACCGGGGGCGACACGGCUGUCUGUCUCUGCCCGCUUGGCUUCACGGGCGAUCUCUGCGAGACCCGGGUGGACCUGCAGGUUCCAUCCUUCAACGGAUCCUCUUACCUACGUUAUCCGGGAUUGGCGGACACGUCGCUGUCGUGGCUGGAAUUGUCCGUCACGUUAAAACCGACCGCGCCGGACGGUGUGAUACUGUACAACGGCCAUCACAGCGACGCCACCGGUGACUUUAUUGCGCUCUAUCUCUCCUCGGGCCACGUGCAGUUCACCUACGACCUCGGAACAGGACCUGCCACUUUGAGAAGCGAGAAUCCGGUUCGUCUCGGCGAGUGGAUCGAAGUUCGGGUCUCCAGGACGGGUCGCUUGGCGAGCCUGGAAGUUGAGGAUGAACCGGCUCAGGAAAUCCUGGCGCCCGGAGCGUUCACGCAAUUAUCCUUGCCGUUGAAUCUCUAUUUGGGCGGCGCGCCGUCGUCCGACAUGUACUCGCCGAAGAUGAAAACUACGGCCAGCUUCGCCGGCUGCAUUCAGACGAUCGUGCUGAAUAAUCGCGAGGUGGGAAUACUGGCUGAGGCGCUGGGCGGAAUGAACGUGGGCAAUUGCGGACACGCGUGCGAGGCCAGACCUUGCGGCGACGCGGAGUGCCGGCCGGUUCGCGAGAGAUUUACCUGUCGAUGCCGUCCAGGUGUCCCGCAUCCCUGUCCGGCGACGGACGAUUACACGCCGUUGGUUUCGCCACCGGCGAAAUUCACCGACGGCGUGACGUCCGUGAAAUAUGAGAGAGCCGUGCCGAGCUUCACCGGGAGCGAGAGCUAUCUGCAUUACAACGACGCCGACACGAUGAAAAGGAUAAUCAGCUACAAGGUAGACAUCAACAUGAGAUUCCGUGCCAGCAGCAGCAGCGGUCUGCUGCUGUGGAGCGGCCGCCAAUCAGAUCCCCAGGAACAAAGGGACGAGAACGACGACUUCCUCGCCCUCGGUCUGGAUCACGGUUACCUCACUCUCGCGUAUAAUUUGGGUUCCGGGGAAGCCGUGCUACGGUAUAAUCUGACGCGAUUGGAUGACGAUCUGUGGCAUCGUAUCAGGGCCGUUAGGAACGAGCAAUGGGCGUCUCUCGUAAUAGAUAGUGGUACCGGUGUCUCAGCGUCUUCCCCGGGGCAACUGAGGCAAUUGAACACUGAUACCGGUCUUUACGUUGGCGGUGCACCGGACGUCGUGAGGACAACGGGCGGCAGAUACACAAAAGGCAUCGUAGGUUGCAUCAGCGACCUCGUGCUGGACUCGGACUUUUCUGUCGCCCUGUCGUCGCCCGCGCAGGCGACCAACACGCAUUCGUGCAUCCCCUGAAAGGAAGAUACCCGUGCCGUCCGACGUCAGGUGGUGUUGUCGGGUCCAUCCCGAAGCUAGGAUAUAUAUAUAAAAAAAAGAAUUUACGAGUAAAACACGUAUCUUUCACACGAAGCAGCGGCGCGACGCAAGAGCCCGCGGACGGAGUGUGUCCCACCGCAAGAAAGUGCAUCUGUGUUGUCUCACGUGCAUUUUACACACACGCACACACACGGCGGCCGUGUGCCUGCAUCUUACGCGCGCGCGCGGCUCAUCAUUUUUGUACAGACUCAUCCUUCCACAGGUGCGGGAACUCUCAUGAAAAAAAAAAAAAAAACAAAAAUGAAAAAGAUGGAGAUCGAGUGGGUCGGCAACCGGCCAUCGUCGUGCGCGGCCAUUGAGUGGCGGUUAAUUAGGCGGCUUUACUGUAAAUAUUAAUAGGACGUGAUCCCGAGAUACCGCGGAGAUGUGCUAUCGCUUGCCUCCUCGCGAGGCAUUGAUCCUUGGCGCUACGACUUCCUGUCCGUUAAAUAGAUGAGCGAUCUCGAAAUAAAAAGGAAGAUUUCCCAAACCGUUGAAUUAUUAAUUAAGAGGAACGCGAGUUUUUACCGGUGUAAUUUAACGAGAUAUACCGCAAGAUCGUAAGAUGACGUAUGAAGUGUUUCCUAUUUUUUCACAGAACUGAAAAUAAUCGCAUUCUGCGCGAUAACUUCUUAAUCCGUAUUAUAUAUAAGCAGAGAUUCAAGAGAUUCCGGUUGAAUUAAAUCCGAUUGAAAAUUUGUGUUGUCGAGCGCUUUGGAGUGAAAAAUUGGCGCCGUCGGAAUAAAUUGUAAUUUCUGCGUACGUCGUAUUCUCUCCUCGUGUACAAAUCAAGUCGAGUUCGGGAUUAAAUUAAAAUCGCAUCGGAUGAAAAUUAGGAUUGGCAACAAUUACGUUCGUUUUUGCUACCAACCGGAAGAGUGAAAUGCAUCGAAUAAAAUUAAAACUUUCGUCCAACGUCCGUAAUUAAACCGUCGAGCCAUUAACAAAAUCUCAACUUCGUCCGCGUAUCACAGAGUCACAUCUCCCCGGAAAAUUGUUUCGCGAUUAAAUGUGUGCGUCAAUUAGAUUAUUGUCCGCGAUAACAUCGGUAAUAUAAUAUGCAUUUAUCAACGAUGGUGCAGUCGAGAUGAAGCGUUGAGAGAGCGUAUUCUUUAGAUAAUUUUAUUUGAAAAAAAAAAUAUUCUUGCUUCAAUUAACUUGAUCACAAAGCGUGGUAAAAAAAAUUCAAGAGUCGAGAAUAUCGCACGUUGAAAGAAAAUGGAAGUCGUUGCGUCAAGACAAUGCCCGGCCGGAUAUAAAAUUUGACGGAGCGCGUCUCAGUGACGGCUUUCGGCCUAAUAAGAUAAAAGUAUAUAGAAAAAAAGCAUCCCAUUUCCCCUUUCCGCGUCAAUUUUCAUUAUUCCCUCCGACCGGAUGUUACCUUCGACACGAAAUGUCGUUAUCUUCGAUUUUUACGAGUUCAAAGCGUUCGAGAUUAUAUUGAGAAAUUCGAAGAGCGCAAUUUUUUCGGAUCGAUGCUGGAUUACAAAUUUCAGUUAAAAAAGCGCAAAAAUGCAGAAAUUGACACUUUUAAUUGAAAAAAAUAAACUUUUUAAAUUGGUGAUUUGCGACAAUCUUUCACGCGGCGCACACAAAUGUGUGUAUCGCGAAGAGAGACAACAUUAUUUCUCUGUUACGCGGCGGAUUCAGCAUCGAGCCGAACAGCGCGCGCUCGCAAAUGCUCCUGCACACAAAAAAUCACUGCGUACCGCUACUUUUCUAAAUAAUCUUGAGAAAAAGCAAAAUGCUACGAUCUUUUUCUAGCAGUCACAAACGCAGUCACGAGCACGAGUUUUUGUUAGUUUCACGACGAAUAUCGAAGUUAACAUUGUGAUCUAUUGAAUAAAAAAAAAAAAGUAGAAGAGCUAUUAAUACCACGGACCAAACACCAACACUUUUAUCGCGUUUAUCCCGACGGGAAAUACACGUCGUGCAACCGCAAAAUGCAUAUCCUGAUGAUAAAUUGCGGGACUCGCAAUUCCCCUUUUAACGAACGAUCUUAUCCGAUAUAGGGCGAAGUGGAUUUCGUUCGCGUUAAAAAAAAAAACAAAAACAAAAACAAAAAAAAACAAAACAAAAACACGCCAUAUCUCAAAGAUACUUUAAGAUUAUAGUUACAGCAAUAAGUAUCUCUUCGCGCAGUUUCAUAUGGCCGUUUUUUGUGUUGGGGAUAUUACGUAUGUUGAACCUUGAUCCUUGAUUGACGAUUACUCAAAGAGUAAGACGCGGUAACCGAGGGUUAAUUGUUAGCGCACUAAGAAAAAGUCUAAAUAUUAGACUGAGUUUGCAAAACUCAACAAUACGAAUUACAAUACAAAUUAUAAAUUUGUAUUCUAUAUUUAGAAUAUUUAUAUUAUUUGAUGUCCCCUCGUGUCAUCUCGUGCAAUUAAUCGAGUAAUUUUUUUAUUUCACAUAUAGCAAUUUAGAGCAAUGAUAGUUUUUAGUGAUCUUUUAAAUUCGUGUUUAGUACGACAUUUAUAUGUAUUUCCGUUUUUUUCUAAGGAAGAGAGAGAAAGAGAGAGAGAAAAAGAGAGAAGAGGAAAGAGAGGAAAACAUGACAUAUAUACGUAUAAAGAAAAAAACAAAUGAUAUCUUUAUUACGCAGAUGCUCGUCGCAUAUUUUUUUAUAGAGAGAGCGUUUACUCAAUCCUAUGAACAAUUUAGCACUAACCGGUCGGAAACUCCCAGGUCAAUACACAUCCUAUCUUACAAGAAAAGAGAGAGACAGAAACAGAGACAGAGAAAAAGAAAGAGAGAAAGAGAGAGAGAGAGAGAGAAAAAGAAAUAAGAUAUAAAGUGAGAAAGACGUGAGAACGUAUAGAGGGUGUAAUCGAUGAUACUUCACUUUUGUCAUCGUACGAAAUAUAAUUUUAAACAUGACCUACUCGAACACACAUCAUAAAAGCAAUCGGCUAUAGUCAAUUUUGUACGGAUGUUAUUUUCGGGACUAAAUAUAAUGAAAUAUAUCAAAGGUGAAUGGUGGUAGUCGCAUAGAAAGUGUAAUAAUAUACAAUUUAAAUGAUUGUACGUCGACAAUUAGCAGGCGGAGUUAAUUGCCCUCGUUAAUCCUCUCACGCUUGAACUUCUUCAAGAAAAAAAAUAAAGUAACAAAAUCAAAGCAGUUGCAACUAGCAAAAAAAAGGCGCGAGAUAUAAAUAUUUAAUUCUCUCAAAUAAUUUAUUAUUAUUGCAAUGGAUUUACAGUUGGGAUAAAACAAACUCCAUUUUCUUAAAUAGAAAAAUUAUUAUUUGGAUUAUUAUUAUUGUGCGUAAUUUAACGCAUUCAGUAUUCUUACAUUUACAACUAAAUACAUGUGUUAUUGUAUGUAAUAUACGAUUAGUUACGUAAUUUUUUUAUUUGUAUUAAAACAAUGUUUCGCGCGCGUGAAACUGCAUACACUGACGCGUGAGAAGAUUAAGGGCGCGUUUUCUAGCGUAAUUCAAUGUACAAUAUUUCGCGUAAGUAUGCAUUGAGUGACUCGAGGCUUCUGUGCUCUUGUACGUUUAACAUCUUUUUGUAUAUAGCACGCGAACUCUGUUUCUUCGCACCGUCGUUAGAUAAACACGAGGAGGAAUUCGUAAUGCGAAGUGAAUUCCUCUCUCGAGAAGUCCAAAUACGGUUUGCUCGUUUUGUAAUUGCGACGCAUUCAACUCGGAAAUAUGGUUCCUGGACACAUUCCACCCAAUGCCGUUGGGAUGAUUCAAAAUGCGCAACGCGAGUAUUCGAAUACUCGAUAUAAUAAUAUUCCGCCAGCUGGUAAUUACUUACGAAAUGGAAUUUCUCUCGAGUGUUCCCGCACGCUCGAGUUACACAUUUGGUUUUGAUAAUUAAGUUCACAAACUCUUCGUGUGUAAUUAUUAUUAUUCGGUUUACGUGAACAGAUUGAAAAAGCAUGUAUGAAUUAAAUUAAUUAGUUGCGACUAAAAUUACUUUUUUCGAAUUAUCGACAGGUCGAAAUUAAAUCGGAAAUGGAAGAAGAAUAAUAAAACUACUAAUGUUAAACAAUUUAAUUUAGCUACUUACUUCGAUCGUAACAAUAAAAUAUUAAAGCAGCAAUUUCGAGUAUUCGAGUAUAGCGAGUCGUUCGCGCGAAACACGCGACGGUGAAUUUGAUUCUAACACCAACGUACGAUAGUAGACGGAAGCUUUAAUUAAUCGGCGCUUGCAUCCGCGCUUGUAAUCGAAUUUUAAAUCGUGCGUUUUCUAUUCGAAGAUCAAAAGAAAGUUUCCCAUAUCCUUUGUACAUAAGAGAACAAGGUGGGGUUUUCAAUAAAACACAGAGACGAUCCUUGUGCGGAAAAAACCGUGAAACGUGAUCGAAACUUUUCGUUUCGGUGUUUAACUACAUGUUAUUAUAUAUAUUGAACUAGAGAAAUUGUGUGUGUCACUUUAUAAGCUUGACCGGUUUUAGUUUUGCAAAUCGGAACCAGCUUCUACAGAGAGACGGAGGACGUCGCAAUCGACGAAUCAAAUUAAUGUAAAUUGUUUCCUUUCUGUAGAAUUUGACCCGAAAUUUAUGCAGCGCACCAAUAGCUAAUUUACAAACAAUUUCAAGAACUUUUCUUAAAAAAAAAACCUAUAUAAUUUUACACGAUAUAUUUGAAUUUUUGAAAAAUGUAUUUUAUGUCUACAUGUGCGUGUUAUUUUGUGUACGAUAUAUACUGAUUGCUCGUGCUAUCUCUAAGUAUUUACUGUAUGUUAUUAGUUACUUCUAUUUGCAUUAUUAUUUUUAAGAUAGAGUCUAAUUCAGAUGCGUUAUACGCAACUGAUCCUGAAGUACGAAGAAAUUUCUAGCUUCUAAAUAAUUUAAUAAUUGGUAAUCGAGAAAGAGAAAAAAGUAUAUAUAUUGACGUGUUACUUUUUCAUCAGUCUGAAGACUAACUCAAACAAUCAAAGUUUAACGGGAAAAACGGCGUUGCUUCUAUAGAAAACCGAUUACCUGUCGAUUUUUAGAUGCAAUCAGCUUCAGAUUGUUCAACCAAAUUGUGUUUUACUAUAAAAACUGUAAUUUUGUCUAUUAAACAAUUAAUAUAUGUUGCGAGGAGAUAGAAAAAAAAGAAAAGUGCAGAAGAUAAAUAAAUAAAUAAUAUAAAAGUAUGUCGAAUCAAAUUUUUAAACAAUCUAUGUUUCUCGUAAACCAAUUUUGAACAAAAUCGAAUGUCUACAACAAGACGCCGUUUUUCUUCGCUUGUUAUUUUAUACUUGCAACUCGAGUCGACGUACCUAUCGUGAAAACAAUAGACGGUAUUCGAUCUCGAAUUUGUCAUUCAAAUGUUACAGCCGAUAAAGCUCGUUCGUUUUAAAAAAAAAAAAAAAACGAUGCCUUUGCAAGUCGACUGUAAAAAAAGUAAGAAAAUGCAAUCAGAAGAUAUUUUAGUUCGAGCACCGUACAAGCACCUGAACAUCGAAGUUGUUUCUACUUGUUUCGAAUAUCACAGGGUGGGCCGUUUGAACGAGAACGCCGAAUGGGGGAAUCGAAAAUAAAAACAAUAUUUUAGACAAAAUAGUAAUAAAUGUAACACACUGAGAUUCGAAAUGUCGCAAAAGAAGAAACGCGUUCAAAAUCGAACGAGAAAUGAGAAUUCCUCGCACUCUCUCUCGUGAGAAUAACUCGCCCUGCGUCCCUCGAUGUAAUUCCUGCGCGAAAACAUAGUUUAUCUGUAAAGUUCUUACGAAUUUCAACCCUUUCGCCGUACCUUUAUUUGCCGAUCGAUUAUAUACUUAGGCUUAGACAAAUAUAGCGCGUAAAAUUUCCGUACUUUUCAAUUCACGUAAUACGCACGAAUCAUCAUGUUUUUCCAAAGCUGUUGAAACUUCGACUUAAGUGAUUUUUUAAAUAUUUCUCAAAAAAAAAUAAAAAAGGCAAAUUUUUGCGACUUAUUUACACAAGUCUCGCGUGAAACAAAUAAAUUUCUACAUCUGGUUGUUACACGAAUCUGUGCGAAGCACUCAACUGUAAUUACAUUAAAAUCAAUUUUAACUAUACGUCUUGUAAUUUUAACUAUACGUUUUGUACGUUGAUAAAUAUCUUUCGACCAUUCGAAUACGGAUAAAAACAAAAAAAAAAAAUGGUUAAAACUGCUUGCAAUGCUGAAUCGUUUAAAGCGAAAGGGUUGAGGUGCAAUCAACAAACAACGUUAAGGGGGAGAGAUUUUGUAGCGGCUCUCGGAAUGAAUAUUCGGACGAUUGAGCACACGUUAGAUAAAACAAGGCUGACGCGUAUGUACUUAUCAUCAUAUCCACUUGAAUCUAAAAAAAAAGCGAAUCUCUCGCUGAAUAUCACACAUACACUCACACACUAACAUACUAACACACUUGCAUACAUACACAUCUCAAGACAAAAAGAGAAAAAAAGCGGGAAGAAGCACUAUAUUGAAGGAAAAGAAGAAAAAAAUAUCAAUACAUAUUAAU